AUGGCACUUUGGGGACUGAUUGUCCUCAGCGCCUUGUUAGCUGUGGAUGCAAAGUUGGUCACCGAUUAUCCCGUGAAUUCGCAGCUGCCUCCCGUGGCUAGAGUGUCACAACCAUUCGAGUAUACCUUCUCCGAAAACACGUUCGGUGGUGUCGAUGCGAACACUGUAUACUCGCUCUCAAACGCUCCAUCAUGGUUGCGUGUGGAUAGUGGGAGGCGUACCUUUUCAGGUACUCCUAAGAAGGACGAUGAGGGUACGGCCGAAUUCGUGCUAGUAGCAUCAAAUGGACCCGAGUCCGCUGGCAUGGUGGUUACCUUCAUCGUAACGAAGGACGAUGGUCCAAAAUUAGGAAAACCACUUCUUCCUCAGCUUGAACAUACUGGGGCAACAUCGGCCCCCUCCACAAUUCUCAUUCACUCAGGCGAUUCGUUUUCCAUAGCUUUCGACCCCGACACUUUUACCAACACGCGACCUUCUACUGUAUAUUAUGGGACAUCUCCGAACAAUGCCCCUUUACCGUCCUGGAUUGGAUUUGACCAGUCGAAUCUCCAAUUUUCGGGUACGGCUCCUAAUAUUGGACCACAAACCUUCAGUUUUAACCUAGUGGCUUCGGACGUGGCAGGCUUCGGUGCAGCCUCCGCUAGUUUCGAUAUAACAAUCAGUCCACACAUAUUGUCGUUUAAUGAGAGUGUACGAACGUUCUUUGUCAGCGGAGGGAAAGAAUUCAAUAGCCCCCGAUUUGAUGAUGCCCUGGCUUUGGAUGGCCGCAAGCCAGUGCCGGCUGACUUGAUUGGUAUUAAAAUUGAGUCUCCCGACUGGCUUAAAUUGGACAAGGAGUCGAUUUCUCUUAGUGGUAAUCCUCCAGUCGGUGGGAAAGACGAGAAUGUAACAAUUUCCGUCAGAGACAGAUAUCAGAAUGAAGCGAAACUACUCAUCACUUUGCAGUACUCACAUUUUUUUCGUGGCGUGAAGGGGUGCAAUGCAGUCAUCGGUGAAUAUUUUACGUUUGUUUUUGACAACACUGUCUUGGCAAAUGACUCGUUUCAGCUUGAAGUGGAUCUUAGAAACAAUCUCCCUUGGUUGCACUACAACUCUGACAAUAAGACACUUUACGGACAAGUCCCAUCUGAUAUCAGCCCGGGCGAAUCAUCUAUCAAACUUACUGCUCGCAACGGAACGGCUCAGGACACCCGAAACUUUACAAUUAAUGCUGUGGAGGGCACAAGUCCACAUACAUUUGAUUCCGGUGGUGGCGAUAUCCAUGGAAGGAAAGCUGGAAUCAUUGCAGCCGCCGUUGUUGUACCUGUUGUGUUUGUCAUGAGCUUCCUCUUCCUCUUCUACUGUUGGUGCCGUAAACGCAGGAUAGCGCUACGGGACGAUAGUUUCGCGCCUUCGGAGAAAAUCCCGCCUCUAGGGUUAAAGACAUCAAAGCUACCGCACUGCGAACCCUUCGAAGACAUGGCCCAAGGGAGUCCACCGCAAAUUGUCAGGAGUCCCUCGCCGAUAUCGAAACCCCCAAGGUUGGAAUUGAUACCGUUGUGGAAUAACCAGUCCUUUCCACGACGACGAGCAAACACAUGCGUCAACCAGGGAAGAUGCUGCUACAAACUCCACGACUGGAUGGGAUUUCGCACCACCCAAAAAACGCUAAAGCACACGAGGAAACGCAAGUUGAAGAUGCACACACGCAGCCCAAACGCCUAUCGUUCCAAAGCAGCCCACCUACACUCGAUGCAAUCAUCCAGGUCCAAGAGGCUUUCUAAGCGCUCGAGUGGGAUCUCCUCCAUUGCAUCGGGCUUACCCGUAAGGCUCAGCGGCGCUGGACAUGGGGCAGGUGGGUUUGGGCCUCCAGGUCAUGGGGUUGUCCGGGUGUCGUGGCAAAAUACGCGUACGUCCUUCCAGAGUGAUGAGAGCGGUGUUGGAAACCUGGCGCCCUUGUUUCCUCGGCCUCCUCGGGACCGAGAUAGCCCGGAGUAUCCGAAGCGUAUGAGCUUGCGAACCGUGGAGCCGGAUAACUUGACGAUCAGUGAAUCUGAUUCGCUGGAUGUGUUUGUUCACAGUCGGGCGAAACAUCGUAACUCUUCCAACCCUCUGUUUGCAGGUCAGCUCAGCCGUCGCACAUCCACUGGCCUGCGCGCUUUGGAGAGGGCUCGAAGUAACGCUAGUCGGACCGAUACCAUCAACAGCUCCAAGUACGUUGAGGACAAUAGGGAGUCCAUCCGCGAUCGUCCCUGGUCUACGGCCAUGUCGGCAUCCAUCUAUACUGAUGACAAUCGACGAUCCGCUUACCUAGAAUCUUUGUCCGAGGAAUCCUUGAAUAUGCAGCCAGUGGCUCCGAUUGGAAAAGGGCCAAGCCAAUCAAGCCUGGCGCAGAAAUACUCGGAGACACUUCCUCGCUUCUACAGUGAAUUAAGCUUGAGUAGUAGACGUCGGGCGGAGGCCAGCCUUCCCGAGAGCGGAUCGGGUAAUUUUCAGGCUCUCACGGAGGAGCAAGGUAUCCAGGCUGGCCGUCGCGACUCAUUGCAAUCCAACUCGUAUCUGCAGGAUGGCAUGGAUGGCGGUACGCCAAUCCCAGCCCCAGUGCGAAAGAGUUCUUCUUUUUCAACCGCUGCAUUCGAUGGUAAGAUCCGUCGGGUGAGCUUGAUUCGAUUAGCGGAGAGAGACGUGAACGGCCGCCGAGGACUCUCCAGGGACUUGAACAGCAGCAUAAAGAGUGAUAUAGCAUUUGUAUAA